UAAUAAUGCACUUCCGAGCUAGAUGAAAAUUUGUUGUGAGUUUGUACACACACUUGGUCUGUCAGCCGACCCGCGAGCAGGGGUCUUCGCGUUUUUCCCCAAUGCCUUCGUCGCUUCCUCUUUAUUACGCUGGGGUUGCAAGUGAUGAUGACGCGCUAGAGGAGAUGCUGACCAAAGACAAGAAGUUGGAGCACGGAUUCAGUUCCACAAUGGACCUACACGUGCAACGAUUGCUUGGCGUGAGUUACCAUCAGGUCUCCGUCAGCAAGGUGAAGAAGGUUACGAUCGCGGGGAUAACCCUCGUCGCAAUCAUCCUCUUCUUCAGCCUCACCUUUCACUCGGCGAGAAAAUCCGCAGAGCAGGAGGCAGCCUUUGUCGACAAACGCACGUUCACAGACGUCACCAUGACAACGACUCAGCCAAUGACGACAAGGGAAUCCCAGGCACUGAACGGAGAGCAAAGUAAGACUAGUGCUUCCCACAUCUUAACGACGAAAUCACCACAACUUACCGCCACGAAAAAAGUGAAUAAGAUUCAAACAACACAUCAACAGAAUCCUGAAAAUCGGUAUAAACCUACUGUAAGCAAACAAGGACACCAUACUCACAGAGAGGAGAGAAUAGACAACGUCCCAUUGACUGUCCAACCAAAACUCAACACUGACUUCGUUCUGGCAAUGAAUCCCAGAAUCCCCAUCGACCUAAACAUCAAGUGUCGCACAUGCGCACUGGUGACGAACUCCGCUGACCUCCUAGGGAGUAACGCAGGAUCAGUUAUCGAUUCCAGCGAUUGUGUCAUACGGCUAAAUACGGCUCCGACAGCAGGCUUUGAGUUGGAUGUUGGGGGCAAAACAACGGUCAGAAUAGUGUCCCAAGAACAACUGGGGGAGCUAUUACAUUACGUGUGGCGUGAGCCGGAAGAAAUGCGGGACCUCAGUUAUCUUGUGCUUUAUGGGCCACGGAAUGCGCUUUGCCGGAAUUGCACGUUUUUCAAGAUGUUUCAAAAAGUUUCUGGGGAAUAUCUUGGGGACAAAUUUGUCAGAUAUACUAAAGCCUACGAUGCCAACUUACGCACGGGAGACAUAAAAAAGACUGCUAAAGAGAGCGAUGUUACAAGCUCUGUGGUGAGCAGACUCUCCCCACGGUUCCAUGCGAUGAAUGUGAUGCACAGAGUGUGCGGUAAAAUGCGGGUCUUCGGCACUGAGCGCAAUCACCCGUGUCUAAGCGGUCCGUCGUUCAGAAAAAGCUACUGGCAAUCCCACGUGAAAAUCGACUGCGACGGUCACCGAGAGAAAGUCUUACGCGACAUUCGUCGCUACAGACUCGAAGAGAGAGUGUAUGACGACUGGGUUGACAAGUACGACCUUGAGUUCCUAUACCCUUGAAUGACAGCUUAAUACUAUGCUGUCUACAUAUGGAAUCGCAUAUCAUCUGAUGGGCGUGGCCCUUUAUUACUGAAAUUGUUUAUAUACCAAAUGGGUACUACACUGCAGUAGUCCACACACAAACUACAUUUUGCGUUCAGAUGAUGAUAUUAAGACUUUCCCUCAUAUUAUUGUGUACGUGAAGUAAUCCAACAUUCAUCUGAUAUGCUAUUAACACUUCCGUGAAGUAAUCAGACAUCUAUCUGGUAUGGCAUUAAUUUACAAUUCAAGAAUAAUUAUCACUUGGGCUUAGGGUCAGAUGGAGGUAUGACGCACGAACGCUUGUUUAACAAUUGGUUUCCGGAUAUGGUUCUAAAUGGCUACCAGUGGCGAUACUUCAAACGCUGAUUACCCGAACAUUGCCCCGACGGAUUGCCGAAGGCAAUACGACAGAGGUGCAGCGGGGUCUAACGUGUUCAUGGAUUACGGCCCUUUUCUGAGUGCUUCUCUCAUUCAAGUCUCAAACAUUCUUCAUAGAUCUAGCAAUUCCACACAUCACGAUACAAUAUUGCCGGUACAUCGUUGUUUAGCAUGUGGGCAACAUAUUGUAUGUAUAUAUCGUGCAGCUAUCGAAAAACGCAAGCCUACUUUAGGCGCCAUUUUUUUCAAAUGACGUUCCAAUUGAAGAUGAAAAAAUCUACUUCGCUCAUUCUAAUCGAAAAGAACGGCGUCUACACUAGGCACCAAACACAACAAAUACAAUAUGAAAUGUAUAUAGGCGGGCAAUAAGAACUGGGGCUUUUGUUACAUGUAAAUUUCUAUUUUUAUUUAUUAUUGACGGUCCGCCGAGAGAAUAAACUGGAAAGCGCAGUGCUGGUCACUGCAAGUUA